AUGGAGCCCUUCCCGUUCUUGGCUGUGGUUUCCCCUGAAGCUGUGGGAGGUACUGAAGUAUACAAGCUGCUUGCUGUGGAUGCAGAUGAAGGGAUCCAUGGAGCUGUAGAAUAUUUUCUCUUGGAAGGUGGUGAAGACAGAUUUGAAGUUGAGAAGGACACUGGCUGGGUUAAAACGACAGGUUUGCCAUUGGUGAGGGACAAGGAGUAUUUACUGACUGUACUAGCAGCAGAUAAAAUUGGAAGCAGAGGGUCUCCAGCCUCUGUUUCUGUAAUUGCUGGAUUUCGACCACCACAGUUCACCAACGUAUCAUACUUUGUUUAUGUUCCUGAAAGUACGCCGCAAGGAAAAUCCUUUCUUACAAUCACUGCUGUAUCAUAUCAAAAGAAAUCCCUGAGCUACAGUUUACUUACUAAUCCUAGUGGUCUAUUCAGUAUUGAUCGGGCAACAGGAGAUAUCAGUUUAACUCGGAGUGUGGAUUAUGAGAGUGACCAACACCAGUAUCUUCUUUUGGUCAGAGCAGAGGAAAAUGAGGAACAGUUCAGUAGUGCAGCUGAGGUUUGGGUUGUAAUCACAGAUGUGAAUGAUUGUGCCCCUGAAUUUCAUCAGUCGAUUUACAGCAAAGUUGGUGUUCCUGAAACAGUUACUAUGACAACUCUGCUUCUACAAGUGACAGCCACUGACUGCGAUUCAAAAGAGAAUGCUGAAUUACUAUAUUAUGCUUUGAGUCAAGACUUCAGUAUUUCUUCUCAUGGUACUAUUUUUCCAGCAACACGGUUGGAUUAUGAGCGACCUAACCAUCUUUAUGAGUUCAUAAUUAUGGCUGUAGAUAACGGGGAAGAGCCGAAGACUGGGACAGCAACUGUUAGGAUCCAUGUUUCAAAUGUGAAUGAUGAAGCGCCUGAGUUUUCCCAGACAAUCUACAGGAGUUUUGUUUCUGAAGAUGCAGGCCCAAACACACUGAUUGCUACAGUUAAUGCUGUUGACCCUGAUGGAGAUGGUGUGACAUAUGAUAUUCAGUCUGGGAAUCAAAAAGGAAACUUUGUUAUUGACCCGAAGAAGGGGCUAGUUAGACUUCGUUCAAGUCGGUUUCCUAAGCUGCAGGGGACAGAAUAUGUGCUUAAUGUCACAGCAACUGAUGAUAACGCUUCUGGAGGGCCCCAUUCUCUUACAAGUACUGCCCAGGUUGUUGUGAAAAUUGAUGAUGUCAACAAUAACAAACCUGUCUUUCAGAAGUGUCAGUAUUAUCGGGAACAUGCUUCUGUAUUGGAAAACCAGCCUUCAGGGACAGUUGUACUGCAGGUUGAAGCCACUGAUGCUGAUGAAGGAGCCAAUGGUAUAGUGAAAUAUGGCUUGAUGCACAGAGGUGGUGUCCUACCAGCAUUUAGCAUUCAUCCUGACACAGGAGUUCUGACAACUGUUCAGGUAUUUGAUCGAGAAAAACAGAGGGAAUAUCCUAUCACUGUGACAGCAACAGAUCAGGCAGCGGAACCACUCAUUGGAAUAUGUCAGAUAAAUAUUAUCAUCCUGGACCAAAAUGACAAUGAUCCCAGAUUUGAAAACACCCACUAUGAAUAUUUCCUAAGAGAGGACACAAGAGUUGGGACCAGCUUUCUUCGUGUUGCAGCCCGUGAUGAUGACUACAGCUCAAAUGCUGCCAUUAUGUAUUCAAUAGCAAAUGAAGAACCAAAUUAUUUACAAAUUAAUCCUACUACAGGCUGGGUGUUUGUGAACCAACCUGUAUUUCAGAGGUCAUCUAUAAUUCGAGAGAUUAUUGCUACAGAUGGAGGUAAUAGAAGCAGUAAAGUUGAACUUGUGGUAACUAUUACCAGUGCAAAAAACCAGCCUCCACAGUGGGAAAGAGAGAGCUAUGAAGUUGUUAUUCCAGAGAAUACUACACGAGAUGCAUCAAUUUUGACAAUCAAAGCAACUUCUCCCCUUGGUGAUCCCCGUGUGACUUAUAACCUAGAAGAGGGACUUGUUCCGGAGACCAACAUGCCCGUUCGUUUCUACCUGACUCCAAACAGACAUGAUGGUUCUGCUUCAAUCCUGGUAGCUGAGCCACUAGAUUAUGAAACAACAACGAGCUUUCUACUGAGGGUUCGAGCACAGAACGUUGCUGCAGUUCCUCUGGCAGCAUUCGCUACGGUCUAUAUUAAUGUAACAGAUGUCAAUGACAACGUCCCAUUCUUCACUUCAUCUAUUUAUGAAGCCUUGGUAACAGAGGGAGCUGGUGUUGGGACAUUUGUCGUUCAGGUGUCUGCCACCGACCUUGACCUUGGUCAGAAUGGUGAGAUAACUUACUCCCUGUUACAUGACAGUGGCAGAGACUACACAUAUUUUCGCUUGGACUCACAGACAGGCUCAAUAUACACUGCCUCAGUGUUUGAUAGAGAGAAGAAGGGGUCUUAUCUGCUAGAAGUCAAGUCAGUAGAUGGCUGUGAAUCAGCUCGACCUGGAAAACGUGGGAAGCCAAACUCUGACACGGCCUACGUGCGCAUUUUUAUCAGCGAUGUGAAUGAUAACAAGCCUGUCUUCGCUCAAAAUGUCUAUGAAGUAAAUGUGGAUGAAGACCAGGAUGUGGGCUCGACUAUCAUUACAGUCAGUGCUAAUGAUGAAGAUGAAGGAACAAAUGCUAAAUUACGGUAUCAGAUCACAACUGGAAACACAGGAGGAGUACUUGGUGUAGAACCAGAAACAGGAGCCAUUUUUAUUGCCCAACCACUGGAUUAUGAAGAAACAGAAAUGUAUGAGAUACACUUGUUGGCCUCUGACGGGAAAUGGGAAGAUUAUGCAGUUAUCAUCAUCAAUGUCAUGAAUAAAAAUGAUGAGACUCCAGUUUUCUCUAUCAAUGAAUACUAUGGAAGUAUAAUUGAGGAAUUGGAUGGGUUACCAGUCUUUGUACUUCAGGUGAUGGCAAAUGAUCCUGAUAGUAAUGUGGAUGAAGGAGAUUUGAGAUACUCAUUGCAUGGGCAUGGUGCAGCUGAUAUUUUCACAAUAGAUGAGAAAACGGGCAGCAUUUACUCACACAAGAUGCUGGAUCGGGAAGAGAGAGCACUGUGGAGAUUUGUUGUAUUGGCUACUGAUGAAGGUGGAGAAGGACUUACGGGAUUUGCUGAUGUAAUUAUUAACGUGUGGGAUAUAAAUGACAAUGCACCCAUGUUCACAUGCAUGCCUGAUGAUUGCAAUGGGAGUGUCUUUGAAAAUUCUCCUGCAGACACGUUAGUCAUGGAAAUGGGUGCAGUUGAUCGUGAUGAUCCAAAUGUAGGUCUUAAUGCUGUCCUUACUUACAGGAUAACAGAGAAUGUAAAAAAUGAGUUUGGUACUGACAUGUUUAAUAUCAAUCCCAAUACUGGUACAAUCCAUGUAGUGGGAGGAAUGCUAGACAGAGAAAGGACUGAAAAUUAUUUUCUUACUGUUGAAGCAAGAGAUGGGGGAGGGCUAACAGGAACUGGCACUGCCACUAUCUGGAUUGCAGACGUCAACGAUCAUGUACCUAAAUUCACAAAAAAGAUGUGGCAGGCAACAAUUCCUGAAAACAGUGCAAUCGACUCAGAAGUUCUGCAAGUGUGUGCUACAGAUGCAGAUGUUGGGGAAAAUGCUGACUUAAUAUUCAGUGUCACUGGGGGAGACCCAGAUCAGAAGUUUUAUAUUGAGAGUGACAAAGAAUGGCAAUGUGCCACUAUUCGACUGAAAAAAAAAUUGGAUUUUGAGAAUGCACGUGAAAGGCACUUUAAUCUUACCAUUACAGUGGAAGAUCUUGAUUUUUCUAGUAUUGCAGUGUGCCUGAUUGAAGUUGAAGACUCUAAUGACCACAGCCCAGUUUUUCUUUCUCAGUUUAUUCAGACAAGCCCUUUCUUUGAAAACACGCCUGUAGGUACUACAGUAACCACAGUGAGAGCUACAGACAAGGAUUCUGGUUUGAAUGGGAACAUUAUAUAUUCUAUAAAGUCAGAUUCGGAUCCUAUGAGACAGUUUGCAGUUGACCAAUAUGGUCACGUGAUUGUGGCAAAUACACUAGAUUGUGAAGUCAUGCAAAAAUACAGUUUAGUUGUACAAGCUUCAGAUCAAGGGACACCUGCCCGCACUGGAAGCGUUACAGUUUUGAUUAACGUGCUUGAUGUUAAUGACAAUGGACCAAGCUUUGAGGCACCAUACAUGCCUGUAGUUUGGGAAAACAUAUUGAGGCCUGAAAUAGUGUAUAUGAACCAUACAUCAAAACUGCUUCAUGCAUUUGAUCCAGACAGUGAAGAAAAUGGGCCACCCUUUACAUUUUCAUUGCCACCAGACUAUCAGAAUUCUUUGGAUUUUUCUCUUACUGACAACAGAAAUAACACAGCAACUGUAACUGCUUUGAGGUCCUUUGACAGAGAAAAACAGAAGGUGUUUCAUCUGCCAGUAGUUAUAACAGAUAGUGGGAUUCCAGCUAUGAGCUCUACAAACACCCUAACUAUAACAAUUGGUGAUGAAAAUGACAACUGCCAUGAAUCUGGCCAUAAGGAAGUCUAUGUGUACAGUUACAAAGGAAAAUGGUCAACAACAGUGCUUGGGGAAGUGUUUGCACCAGAUCAAGACGACUGGGACAAUAAAACAUUUCUCUCUGAAGGAAAACUGCUCAAGUCUUUCAGAUUAAAUCAGAGGACUGGUUCUUUGAUGAUGGUGGAUAACACUCCUCAAGGAAUAUACAACUUAAAAGUUAGAGUUUCUGAUGGAGUUUGUCCUGAUGUUAUAUCUACAGUACAAAUCCACAUCAAAGAGCUGGAAAAUGAAGCCAUACAAAACUCAGCCACUGUGCGUCUAUCAGAUGUCACAGCAGAGGAGUUCAUAAGGAGAGAUGAACAUGGCAAAACGAGACAUGACAAGUUCAAGGAAUUACUAGCAAAAUUGUUACCUGCUAAGCUGAGUGAUAUCAUUGUCUUCAGUGUGAUGAACAUUGAUGGAAAACAGACAGAUGUAAGAUUUGCAGUCCAUGGUGGCUUGGCAUAUUACAGACCGGAGAAACUGCAUGCUGAGAUGGCAGCAUUUAAAAAUGAGAUCCAGUCAGCUUUACAAUUGAACAUUUCACAGAUCGAUGUAGAUGAAUGUAGGAGUGCAAACUGUAGUAACGGCAAUGGUUGUACAAACUACCUCGCCAUGAGUGACAUCCCAACAGUGAUGGAUACUGGAAGCGUGUCGUUUGUCUCGGUAGCAACCACCAUCAAUGCGGUCUGCACCUGUUCAGCUAGGGACCGAGUUCAUCAGUCUUGUUCCUCCUACCCUCGAAGCCCUUGUCUAAACGGUGGGAUGUGUAUUGACACUUCGAAUGGUUACAGAUGUCUUUGUCCUGCUUCGUUUCAUGGACCAGACUGCCAGCAGACUAAGCACAGUUUCCAUGGAAAUGGUUAUGCAUGGUUUCGUCCCAUCAGGCCUUGUUUUGAAAGCUCACUCUCUCUAGAGUUUAUUACUGUGGUUCCAGAUGGACUUUUACUAUACAGUGGUCCUUUAUCAAAUCCAGAACCUGGGAGUACAGAAAACUUCAUUGCAAUAGAACUCUCUGGUGGUAUCCCUGUGCUGAAGAUGAGCCAUGGCUCAGGUUUUGUGGUACUGCAGUUUCCAAGUCACCUGAAUGUAGCAGACAAAAAAUGGCAUCAACUAGAAGUCAGAACCAAUGGUCAGGAUGUUCGAUUCACUUUGGAUCAUUGCAGUGCAGCUGUUGUUUCAGAAAUAGAAGGAGUAGGCAAAUGGCUGUCCACUGAAGAUCGUACAAAUUGUGAAGUCUUUGGGUCUGUUCCGCGAAGAGCAAGGUAUUUGAAUGUGAACCAUGUUCUACAGCUGGGUGGUGUAAAAGAAUCGUUACCAUAUUCCUACCCACAAUUGCUACACAAACACUUUUCUGGUUGUUUACGCAAUUUCAUCUUGGAUACUCAGGUAUAUGACCUUCAGUCUCCUGCAGAGUCCCUGAAUAGCUUCCCUGGCUGCACACUUACGGAUGGGAGCUGUGAGACCAUGGGGUCUUCUUCCUGUGGUAUUCAUGGGAGGUGUCUUGGAGACUGGGGCUCGUUUGCUUGUCAUUGUUUGCCAGGUUACUAUGGCUAUCGAUGUGAUAAAGUUGCCAAAGAAUAUACAUUUGGGCCAGGAAGUCACGUUCGCUAUCAGCUUCCUGUCAGUGUGCCUGCUCGUAGGACGCUGUUUGAAGCCAUGAUUAGGACACGGCAGCCUGACAGUGUCAUCACGAGCAUGUUGUCUCGAAAUAAGGAUGAACACAUCACCUUACAGGUUGUUCAGGGAUUCUUAGUGGUCUCAUAUAAUCUGGGUGAUGGAGACUAUUCUGUAAGCCUUCCUUUCUACCACAUUGAUAAUGGUGAAUGGCAUCAUAUCACACUGGAGAGAAAUGAAAAUGAAUUUACUCUUCGCCUUUAUGAAGGAGGAUGUAUGAAGGAUGUCAGAUUUAACAACUACAGGAUCCCUCUGGAUACUCGUGUGAAGGAGCUGGUGUCAGUAUUAAGUGCCCAAGGCGUCAAAGAAGGCUGUUCUUCAGAGGCUUGUAGGAAUAACCCUUGUAACCAGGAAUUUAUAUGUAUUGAUUUGUGGAUGAUGCAUGAAUGCAGUUGCCCUCCGGGACACAUGAUCAUGGAGAAUGCCACUGGUAGACAGUGUGUCUACACUGCAUGUGCUAAAAGGCCCUGUAACUAUGGUACCUGCAUCUCGCAGUCACCAACCAAGUUCCAAUGUCACUGCCCUGAUGGCUAUACUGGACCUCUGUUCAGUGCUGUAUUCUUGUGGGCUCGCUGGAAGAGUCACAAAGGUCUGAACGGAGGAGUUUACCACGUAUCUGCACAUCAUGAGGAUUUGGAGGACAUCAGAGAAAAUAUCCUCAACUACAAUGAAGAAGGGGGUGGGGAACAAGACCAAGAUGCAUACAACAUGGCAGAACUGCAGGUGUCGAUUCAAACCAGCCCAGCCUAUUUCCUCUACAAGAAGAAAGAAAACCCAACAAAACUGAACAGUUUCUUUAGUGAUGCGUCCCCAAGCAUGCAGGAGCAGACCAAAACAUCAGCGACUACGGAAACCUCUUCUACUAGCGGAGACUUUGGUCGGUACUUGUCAGAUGUUGUCAGGGAUGCUGACCAUCACCCCCAGGCUGUGCCCCAGGACUCGCUGCAGGUGUUUUGCACCGAAGGAGAAGGCUCGGUUGCUAGCAGUCUGAGUACCCUGAGCUCCUCUGGACUCGAUGAGGGUAUCGUGUAUGAUGACAUUAAAGAGUGGGGACCAAAGUUUGAGAAACUGAGUGAACUGUACUCACAUACACAUGCAGAAGACCUGUAG